AUGGACCCCUCAUCACCGACCAAGAGACGCGCCCUCGCGCCCUUGGACGCGAACGUGAACGCGAUGUCGCCCACCAAGAUGCACAAGCACAGCAAGGUGCCCGGGUCGCCUCGCAAGAGUCCCAUCAAGACGCCAUUGGGUCUCAAGCGGCCUCUCGCCUCCGUCAUCUUCGACGAGAACGCCGUCGCGAAGAAGAAGCAGUGCCAGGAGCCCGCCGCCGCCGCAUCCUCUGUGUCUGCCUCUGCAAUUGCCAAUGCCUCUGCACUCGUGCCGCCGCAUGUCUCUGCUGUUACUCCCACCCCUGCUACACCAGCGGCUGCAUCAGAGGACACGAUCGCGUCCACGUCCACGCAUACGUCUGCAUCCACACCAACUCCCGCCGCGCCCGCACAAACGGAGAUGGGCAUGGAUCCCGACACCAAGGAGGUGAGUGGUGCUCUACUGAUGGAGCGCUUUCGGUAUGGUCUCGGCGACAGGAACCUAAUGCGUGUGUCUCCAUGGCAGGAUCAGGGCGAGCAACAGGACCAACUCGUGGAACAGAAACUGCACGACGAACCACGUGAGCAACGACAGCUCGAGAAGGUGCAACCCCGCGAGGAGCAACAGAUGCUACGGAAUCGUUCCGCGUCGCCCGACACUUCGUCUGUGUUUGAUAACUCGGCCAUGGACACGUCGCAGGAGAACACGACCAUGCUCACCGAGCCCGACGCAGAGCAGACCGCCAGGGCACAGCCCCCGGCAAGGCCGAGGAGGUUGUUGACCCGCGAGGAGGCGCGACAGAAAGCCCGAAUCCUGCGAUUGAAGCUCGGCCUCGCAAACUACAAGCUCCAGACGGGGCAGGAAAAUGUGCCCCUCGACAGGCUAGAGGUGAAGCCGCGCCCGGGACAGCAGCUGGAGACCCCUCGUGAGGGGGCAUUGCCGAGAGUCACGGUGCAGCCACCCUCCAGCCGUGACGGGCCUCCGGAGAAGGACACCGAGGAGACAAGCACUAAGCAACGCGAGAACGAGCCGGAACCCGUGGCCGACGUCAAGAACACGACGGAACCGGCCAUUGCCGAAAAUACGGCGGAGCCGUGUCUGGUGACGGCUGAGACGGGAGACACCGAGGACGAGGACGAGGACGAGGACGGCCCAACAAGUGUCGUCUGUGGCGGCGUCGCGAGCAGUCUUCUUAGUCUGGCAAGGGCGUCUUCUUCUUUCUCUUCCUCAUGA